AUGGAUGUUGUUGUAGUUGACGGUGCCAAAACAGUUUUUGAGUUCAUCUGUUCAAGAAUUAAGGCACUUUCCAAAUAUGAAGAAAACAUUAACGAACUCCGGGAAGAGAUUGCAAACCUCACAGAAAAAAAGAUGGCAAUUGAAGAAGAUAUCACCUUAGCUAGACUGGAAGGAAAAAGCCCACAGCCGCAAGUAAACGAAUGGUUGCUAAAGGUUUCUCGAGCAGAAGACGAUGUACGGCAACUGCUAGAAAUGGCUGAUGCAAAUGCUGUUGGCAAGGGAUCCAAGAUGAUGCAGUGCUGGACAGUGGCAAAGAAACUCAACCUGGUGAAAGAGCUAAAUUCUACUCAUUGUGAAAAACGCUCCCCGAUAAAAUCUGUGGUGGAAAUGGCAGUGCCGCCUCUUGUGGGGCAGGGAGCAGCAUCGGAUAUGAAGCAGCUUUUGGAAAUCCUGAACAGGGAUGAUAUCAGAAGGAUUGCUGUCUGGGGAAAGGGUGGCAUAGGAAAGACGGCUUUGGUCAAGAACCUGAGCAAUGAGCUUUAUUUUUCCUAUCCAAAUCUUUUUGAUACUGUCAUCUGGGUUCAAGUUUCCAGAUCAUUGGAUUUGAGCAUGAUUCAGUCUCAGAUUGCCAAAAGAGUUCAUCUAAAAGUGGAAGCUGGAGACACCACUCACAGUCUAGCUAGCAGAAUUCUUCAAGGACUGAAGCUAAGAAGGAAGACCCUCCUGAUUCUUGAUGAUGUCUGGGAAAAGAUUGAUCUUGAUGCUGUGGGUGUUCCAUCAAGGGAUCCCUGCUGUAAGAUCCUUUUAACCACACGAUCUCGUGAUGUGUGUAGGCACAUGGAGGUUGAUGUUUUUUUUCAGUUAAAACUCAUGAGUGAAGAAGAUGCUUGGAACCUUUUCGUUCACAGUGCAGGACCCGUAUUUGAUUUAAAUGGAAUAGAAUCGCCAACAAAGAAAAUUGUUGCAGCUUUCAGUGGGCUGCCAUUAGCAAUCAAGACUCUUGCAAACUCACUGAGGGACAGACCACAUAUGGAAUUGUGGCAAAACAUGUAUCUUAGGUACCGCUGUUCAUCCCCCUUGUUCAAGAACAUUAUGAAAGAGAUAUUCGGGACUCUAGCAACUAGUUAUCAUUCCUUACCAAGCAAGAUUCUAAAGCAAUGCUUUUUGUUUUGUUCUUUAUAUCCAGCAAGCUGUUCAAUCGAUGUUGGUGAACUGAUCCAGUGUUGGGUGUCUGAUGGUUUAAUCAUUGAGAACCUAACUGUAGAGGAAACUUUUAAUUAUGGGCUUGCUUUAAUUGAAUGCCUGAAGGACUCGUGCCUACUGGAUCAAGAUUCAGAAGGAACUGUAAAGAUGCAUGGCAUUUUUCGUGACUUAGCCAUAAUUCUGUCGCAGAGUCAAGAACUGUCGUAUGGGUUUCACACCCAGUCUGGCCUUCCAUUCUAUCAGAUGCCAAACGAGUCUUCUAGAAGAGUUUCUUUCAUACGUUGCAGGAUCAAAAAGUUGCCAGAAUUUCCUGUAUAUUCCCAGCUGACUGUGCUUUUUCUCCAGGGCAAUCCUAUACAGAAAAUCCCCAACGACUUCUUUCACAAUCUUAUCUCUUUAAGGGUACUGAAUUUAAGCGAAACUCGAAUUACUUCUUUGCCACCAUCUUUUCUUUGCCUACGUGAACUGCGUUCUCUCUUUCUUAGAAACUGUUCUAUAGAAAAGCUACCUUCUCUUACAUCUCUUGGUAAACUAUUAGUCCUUGAUCUUUCUAGCACCAGAAUAAAAGCUUUACCUAAUGGGUUUGGAAGUUUACGUAGUUUAAGAGAAUUAAACUUGUCAUGCACACCUUUUUUGAAUAAAAUAGUAGCUGGAAGCAUAUCAGGUUUAUCAAGGCUCGAGACUCUAGAUAUGUCUUUUAGUUCUUAUAACUGGAACCCAAAGACGACUUCAGAUCAAAAGGCAAAAUUCGAUGAGUUAUUAUCAUUGGAACACCUAUCUAUCCUUCGAAUAAGACUUAACUCGGUUAAGUGUCUUGAAUCUGCAUCUUUUUUGCUCAAGAAAUUAACAAGAUUUAAUAUCCAGAUUAGCCCAUGGAGCCAUGACUCAAACAAUCACAUUGCCAAACACAAUGAAAAACGGUUGGUUCUUAGAGGAGUUGAUCUCCUGCAAGAAGACCUUCGAGAUCUUCUACACAACACAAGUUCUCUGGAUGUGUUAACGUGUGUAGGCAUGACCCGGAGACACUUGCUUAGCCUAUCAUCAUUGAUAUCACUCACUAUAUCAAACUGUGAUGAUAUAACACGUUUAAUAAGCAAGGAAAGAAGUUCCAAGGAAAUGCUUCCAAAUCUACAGCAUUUGGUUCUUGAUCAUUUGCAAAAUUUAGAGACUAUUGUUGAUGAGAUAAUCCCAAGAGGCCAGUGCCUCAGAAAUCUGACAACAAUUCAAGUUUUGGAUUGUCCAAAGUUAAAAGGAGCGGUAUCUUAUGCACUGCUUCGUCAUGUUAAAAAACUUGAAGAAAUUAAGGUAAGCAGUUGUGAAAGUCUGUCUUGGAUCAUUGAAUCAGGGGAGCAUGAAGAACCUCUGCCUAAUUUAAGGGUGUUGGAGAUAAGCAACAUGGUCAACUUGAGGUCAAUCUAUGUUGGUACAUCAGUUUGUCCCGCAUUGCAGCGGAUUGAAGUGUCUUGUUGUCCCGAGUUGAAGGAACUUCCCUUCUCAAUAUCUGAUUUAUCCAGUUUGAAAGAGAUUAGAGGUGAGAUCAAGUGGUGGAACAAUUUAAGAUGGGAGGAUGAUGAUGUUAAAAACAUGUUUCUGCAAUACUUUCAAGCAUACCCCCAGGAGAAUUGUUCAAGAAAGAGAAAAUACAAGUAA